AUGGGCCGCGAUGAGGAACAUGUUCGCGUGCUGUCGAAGCAGGAGCUGCUCGCCACGCACAUCAAGGAGCUCAACGAGAGCUACUCGGUGAAACCGCAUCUUGAGUACACGACGAUUCGUGCCGUCAACGGUCCCCUCGUCAUCCUGGAGGAUGUGCGCAAGCCGACCUUCGCCGAGAUCGUCAACAUCGAGCUGGCCGACGGCACCGCGCGUCGUGGCCAGGUGCUCGAGGUGGAUGGCACCAAGGCCGUCGUGCAGGUCUUCGAGGGCACCUCCGGUAUCGAUGUCGUGCGCUCCAAGUGCGAGUUUACCGGCAAGGUUAUGGAGCUCGGCGUAAGCGAGGACAUGCUGGGCCGCAUCUUCAACGGUUCCGGCAUCCCGAUCGAUAACGGCCCACCGGUGCUGCCGGAGCAGUUCCGCAGUAUCGAGGGUAUUCCAAUCAACCCGCGUGCGCGUGUCUACCCGGAGGAGAUGAUCCAGACGGGUAUCUCGUCCAUCGACGUCAUGACCUCCAUCUCGCGCGGCCAGAAGAUUCCGCUCUUCUCCGGCGCUGGGCUGCCGCACAAUGAAAUCGCCGCGCAGAUUGUGCGUCAGGCCGGUCUCGUGAAGCGCGAGGGCAAGACGGAGGACUUCUGUGUCGUCUUCGCCGCCAUGGGUGUGAACCAGGAGACGGCCCGCUUUUUCCGCACAGAGUUCGAGCAGAACGGCUCGAUGGAGAAGACCGUCCUCUUCCUGAACCUGGCGAACGACCCGACCAUUGAGCGCAUCGUGACGCCGCGUCUGGCCCUCACUACUGCUGAGUACCUCGCCUACGACUGCGGUAAGCACGUGCUCGUCAUUCUGACCGACAUGUCCUCGUACGCCGAUGCCCUGCGUGAGGUGUCCGCCGCCCGUGAGGAGGUGCCCGGCCGCCGAGGUUUCCCUGGCUACAUGUACACGAAUCUGGCGUGCAUCUACGAGCGUGCAGGCCGUGUGCUGGGCCGCGCCGGCUCCAUCACCCAGAUCCCGAUUCUGUCCAUGCCGAACGAUGAUAUCACCCACCCCAUUCCAGAUCUCACCGGGUACAUUACAGAAGGCCAGAUCUACGUGGACCGCCAGCUGCACAACCGGCAGCUGUACCCGCCGAUUAAUAUUCUGCCGUCGCUGUCGCGUCUGAUGAAGAACGCCAUUGGUGAGGGCAUGACCCGCAAGGAUCACAGCGGCGUGAGCAACCAAAUGUACGCCGCCUACGCCAUCAGUCGUGAUAUUCUCGCCAUGAAGGCCGUCGUUGGCGAGGAGGCGUUGAGUAGCGAGGAUCUGCUGUACCUCGAGUUUCUCGACAAGUUCGAGCACAAGUUCAUCUGCCAAGGCUUCUACGAAACACGCGAUAUCUUCCAAAGCCUUGACCUGUGCUGGGAACUGCUGCGCACGUUCCCCAAGAGCAUGCUGAACAAGAUCGACAUGAAGACCCGUGAUGAGUUUUAUGACCGCCACCCGGGCCGCAAGUAA